ACACAUAUCCCUUUCAUCAUUCCUCCUCCCAACACGCCGUCGUCUGCGUCCGAGUGAGUGUAGACGAUAGUCCGGUCAUCGGCUAGAUCAUUGCGAGAAGCGAGAUCCCCUUUUGAAGGAAAUAAUGUGUUCCUCUGAUUGUUUCUUGGCCGUUUUGGCUGUCCUCUUCCCUCCGCUUCCCGGUAUGGUAUUCCAUCCCGUCGUUUGGAGGUGUUCUCCCGCUAUCCUACUGAUGACGCAUCCUGGGGUUUAGUCUGGGUCAAGCGCGGUAUCUGUUCGGCGGACUCUCUCAUCUCGUUAGCCCUGUGUUGCCUUGGAUGGGUCAGUUUCGGCCCCGUUAUCCGCCGCGUGUUGGAUUACUGACGGGUCCACUACAGUUCCCCGGCCUCCUUCACUCCUGGUACAUCAUUUCGAAAUACCCCGACCCAUGGGAUGCCACUUACGCGCCGCUCGCACACGAAUCGCAAGGCACUACUUACUACUAUCAUCGGGUCGCGCCCGCUCAGCACCCCGCUCACUCCUGCACCCAUCAGCCACGCCCCCAGUAUCAGCAGCCAAAUCCUCAGUAUAGCACCUUCCAAACCGGAAAUCCCGCGCCCGCAGGUGCCGAGAAUAGCCAGCCACAAUAUACUGUGAUCCAGCCCGUUCCCGCGUCGCCCGCCCCCGCUGGGAAUAGACAACCGGAGAGGUACACCAGCCACGAGCAACAAACUCCCCCGGAGACACCAAUGAAUGGCCCCGGGGGCGAAGGGAGUAGCAUGCACGUACCGUCUGGCGAGCCGCCUAGCUAUGCCAGCAUCGUCCAGGGCGAUCACAAGAUCCAGACCGAUGAUUAGAGGAUGUGGGGGAACAAAGCUGUAGAUUAGAUGGUGAAGGGUGGUAGGUACUCGGGAAAAAUCGUUCUCCUAUCUUCUCAUGUUUGCUCCUCCUGACCUUUCGUUUCUUGUUUUACUUUGGGGUUUUCAGUUUUUAAUUAUUUCCUCUGCUGCUGUUUGAUAUCAACUACCGCUGCUGGGACAGAUGGGGGGGGGCUUUUUAAUGCGGGAACGGUGAUAUGUUCUGUGAUUUGGGUUUUGGCGUGUUUGGAUACGGUUCGGUUCUUUCAAUACUACUUCAGUUUUUAGUUUUUCAACUUUUCACCCCACUCAUUCCAUCCCUUCCAUCCUGUAGUGUUUUCCCAUGUAAUAUCCUGUUUGUGGCUGCAUCUCUUGCCCGGCAGCAUUUCGCCUGAGGGUGCUCCGAUUCAAUGAGCGUCUGCUCGGGAAGUGAAUUAAACCUCACUCGGCGCUUUUACAGUAAACAAGCGUUGAUAAUUACUCACCCU